GAAGAAUAUAAAACACACACACACCCUCUGUCACACAACAAACCACAGCUUCUCAAAGGAGAUACGAUCUAACAAACUCACUCAUUCAAGAAAGAGAACUUACCACCUGACAGAACGAUGGCCUCCAAGUUAAGUGAAAUGACGCUGUCUUUGGACUAUGCAUACGAAAUUGACAGUGCAUUUGACUCUGACAGCACUGAUGAAAUGGACUGCUCUGAUCCACUAGCCAUGAGUGGGCGAUGCAACGUGCAUGAAAGCAUCAAAGUGGAGAAGUGGACGCAUCCUCACAACAGUAUGAAGCAGGUGGUGAACCUCAUUGUUGCUCUGAACAGAAUGAAUGGCCUCAAACCACAGUCACCUGAAUUUGGGGAUGAUGAACUGCUCGGCAGAUUCAUGAAGAAUGUGAUUGAAGAGCGGAAUGUGAAUUGGAAUCCGGAAACGGAACGAUUCACAAGUGAUUCCUACAAUAAGAGCAGCCGGAUCUUGCAGUGCAACGUGUGCGAUACGUCCCAGAAAAGUCUUGUGCGGAGUGGUGUACAGUAUCAUUUGCAGGCCGUGACAUUAAAAGCAGCCAACACUGAGCAGAAAGUUCUGUUCAGUCUAUCUACAUAUGUAUCUUUAAAGUCCAGUGUGCCUAACUCCCAGCCGGUGUGCCUGGCAAUUUCCGGGAGCAACCUCUACCUUGCUUGUACCAAGGAAAACCCAAAUGACAAACCUACCCUAGUCUUAAAGGUGGUCACUGAUACCUUAAACACCAUCCCAGCUGAUGAUCCAAAUGGGAUCCUCUUCUUCAGGAGCGAGACUGGCGUGUCUGUCAACACUUUUGAAUCUGUUAAAUAUCGCGGAUGGUUCAUUAGCACAUCCACUGUUGAUCAUGAGCGAGUGAACAUGUGCCAGGAAUCAGCUGUGGACCGCAUCAAGAGCUUCCAGCUGAACGAUCAAACACUAGUCCAUAGUAAAGUAUCAGAUUUGAUUGAGUAGACCCCUUUCCAGAGAGUAUGUACCAAGUACAAUCUAUAAUCUGGAUUAGUCUGUUGUUAUUAACCUGCUAGAUCUUGAUUGGAAGAUCUGUUUUUAAAUUAUUUAAUUUUUUGCUGUAUAAAUGUGAGGAAUAUGUUGUUGGAAUGGUAACAGGUAAAUUCACAUUGAAUUCUUUGUCAGGUAUGAAUGUUUUUCUAUUGGAUAUGUAUUAUUGUAACUAUUCGUAUUUAAUAUUUAUUUUAAAUUAUAUAAAGUAUCAUUGAAAGUCAAACUAUUAUUUUACACUUGAUUUUUGUACUUAACUUUUAAUAAACUGAAAACA